AUGGCCCUGCCAUUAGGAUUUUCAAGGAAGGGCGAGCUAUUUUUCUCAUCGUGGAAUGAACACUUGCUCGUAUGGAACCCUCCUGAAGAAACAAUUAGCCCUGUUCCUUUAGAAGGAGCAGUAUAUGCAAGCAAUUGCUUGCAGGCUGUCCCUUACAUGGAGUCCCAUACUUCAUUGAAGGGUUGCAACAAAUUAGAAGAUGAGCAAAAUUCCGGAGAUGCAGCUCAAUUUCAUGUUGUGUUUGAUACAAUUGGAUCUAUUGGAACAAAUAUUAUUCCCGACAAUAGCUCGUACAAAAUCUUCUUUUUAAAAAUUUUCUGCAUCUUUGUCGCUAGAAGACUGAUGGAUGAUUUUUCUGAUCACUUGGGAAUAUCAAUAAUGGCUGUUGCUGUUGUAUUCACUGUAUAUGAUUUGGUUCUUCUCCUCCUAACCUCUGGACGAGAUCCUGGCAUAAUUCCCCGCAAUGCACAUCCUCCAGAACCAGAAGGCUUUGAUGGAACUGCCGAUGUUGGUGCUGGACAAACUCCACAGUUACGUUUGCCACGCAUUAAUGAGGUAGAGGUCAAUGGAGCAGUUGUGAAGAUCAAGUAUUGUGACACUUGCAUGCUUUACAGACCUCCUCGCUGUUCACACUGUUCAAUAUGCAAUAACUGCGUAGAACGAUUUGACCAUCACUGUCCUUGGGUUGGACAAUGUAUUGGGCUGAGAAAUUAUCGAUUCUUCUUCAUGUUUGUCUUCUCAACAACCCUUCUUUGUAUAUACGUUUUUGUGUUCUGCUGGGUCUACAUUAGGAGGAUCAUGUCUUCUGAGCACACAUCAAUUUGGAAAGCAAUGAUCAAAACCCCUGCCUCCAUUGUGCUAAUAGGUUACACUUUCAUAUCAAUGUGGUUUGUCGGUGGCCUUACUGCCUUCCAUUUAUAUCUCAUCAGUACUAAUCAAACUACUUAUGAGAAUUUUAGAUACCGAUAUGAUAGGAGGGCAAAUCCUUAUAAUAAAGGUGUGGUUGAGAACUUUAAAGAAAUCUUUUGCUCCACUAUUCCUUUGUCCAAGAACAAUUUCAGGGCAAAGGUGCCAAGAGAGCCUGCAUUGCCAACUCGGCCAAUUGGUGGAGGUUUCAUGAGUCCUAAUAUGGGAAAAGCUGUGGAUGACAUAGAAAUGGGCAGGAAAACUGUGUGGGGAGAUAUGGGUGCUAUGGCUGAUAACGUUGAGGGGCAAGUCACAAACAAUGAUCACUUGAACAUAAAGGAUGGUAAUUUAAGUGAAUUAUCCCCGGAAGUGAGGACUGCAGUGCAGGAAGGGGACCAUGGUGGAAUACAUCCAAGAAGAUCUAGCUGGGGAAGAAAAAGUGGAAGCUGGGACAUGUCACCUGAAGUUCUUGCUUUGGCAGCCAGAGUAAGGGAACCAAAACAAAAAAAUAAAAGAACUUAUCUCUUAAAUUUACCCAUCAACCCAUCAUUCACCCAAACCAUAAAAUUAAAACUCUAGCCCAGCCUAUUCCCAAACCUAAAAUCUAAAAAUCCCUAAACAUUCACUAUAUUCUCCUUCUUCUUCCAAGUUCCAGAAUAAGCCCACUCGCGGCCCACAACACCUUUGUGCGACCACACCCACAUUUACUUGCAAAUCCUAUUCUCUAUUUCAUCGAGCCUAAGUCGUCGAGUUGCAGUGCCGUUGAGCCCCUAUCGUCAAGUCACAACGCCAUUAAGCCUUUAUCAUCGAGUCGCAGACGCAUCAAUUCGAUGGCUUCUGUGGUCAACUCAAAAUCACUUUGUAGUGCGACUCAAGUCCAUGCUAGUAUUGCAAGUCCUGUUUGCAACGUUAUCAAGCCUUUUAAGUCCUAUUCUCCAUUUUAUUGAUUUUGGAUUUGUUAUUUGUAGAAUUUAAUAUUCAAUCUAGAUUUUUGUUUUAUUUAUUGUUCUGUUUUCUAUA